GCGGGUCGUCGCGGUCGGCGUCGUCGGUCGUCAUCCUAUUCUUCCGUCAAUUUCCGUACUGAAAUGAGCUCAUGGUGUUGAUAAUCUGGUUGAUCGCACAAUAGUCCUAUUUCCUCCUUCCUAGCCCUUCCCCUCUCUUUGCUGCGAUCUAUCGUCGGCGAAACUCCUUAUGGCUUCCUUCUUCCUCUCCUCUUCCGCCUCCGUCGGCCUUCCACCAACGCAUCAAGCCCUUGUCCGCCGGAUUCGGCAACCGUCUCCUUUGAUCUCCUCCUCUAUGCGUUGCGGCGUCUCCUCAGUACCCUCGCCGCCUACUCUUCUCUGGAGAUACCCUAGAAUUUCGCCUUCGCGGCCGCGCCUUCUCCUCACUCGUCUACCCAGUGGGGUAGGAUGCGGAGCUCACGAACACCACCACCCUCAUGAUCACCAGCACCAUCAUGGGCACGAACAAACAUGCGAAUUGGAGCUCAACGGUGUGCAGAAGGCAAUCCUCCGCUUCGCCAAGGCGGUGGGAUGGGUAGAUCUCGCUGACCUUCUCCGGGAGCAUCUUCAACUUUGCUGCUGCUCCAUGAUUCUGCUUCUCUUGUCGGCCGCCUGCCCCUACGUUCUACCGGCGCGUGCUGCCAAGCUUCUCCAGAACGCUUUUAUCUCCAUUGCGUUCCCAUUAAUUGGGGUUUCAGCAGCACUUGAUGCUGUCCUAAAUGUUGCUGGUGGAAAAAUAAACAUCCAUGUUCUCAUGGCCUUAGCAGCAUUUGCAUCGAUUUUCAUGGGAAAUUCUUUGGAAGGUGCACUACUUCUUGCUAUGUUUAAUCUAGCCCACAUAGCGGAAGAGUAUUUCACUAGGAGGUCAAAUGUUGAUGUUAAGGAGUUGAAGGAUAAUCAUCCUGACUUUGCAUUGAAGCUGGAAUUAGACGAAGAUACAUUACCACAGUUCUCAAAAUUAAAUUAUAAUAAGAUACCUGUGCAUCAACUUGAAGUGGGUUCCUAUAUUUUGGUCCGGGCUGGUGAGGCUGUUCCAGUAGAUGGAGAAGUUUUCCAAGGAGCAUCUACAAUUACGAUCGAGCAUUUAACAGGGGAAAGCAAACCGGUUGACAGAAAGGUUGGGGAUAUGCUACCAGGCGGUGCUCGGAACCUUGAAGGGAUGAUGAUUGUAAAGACGACAAAGUCAUGGGAAGAUUCCACUCUGAACAAAAUUGUGCAGUUGACUAAAGAAGGACAGCUAAAUAAGCCAAAGUUACAAAGAUGGUUAGAUGAAUUUGGAGAGCAGUACAGUAAGGUUGUUGUAGCGCUAUCUUUGAUGGUUGCACUUCUUGGUCCAUUUAUCUUUAAGUGGCCAUUUAUUGGCACCUCAGUUUGCAAAGGUUCAAUUUACCGCGCCUUGGGGCUUAUGGUAGCAGCAUCUCCUUGUGCAUUGGCCGUUGCUCCUUUGGCUUAUGCUACUGCCAUCAGUUCAUGUGCAAGUAAGGGUAUUCUUCUCAAGGGAGGUCAUGUGUUAGAUGCAAUUGCAGCUUGUCAAAUUGUUGCAUUUGAUAAAACAGGGACCCUGACAACUGGAAAGCUUAUGUGUAAGGCAAUUGAGCCAAUACAUGGGCAUUGGAUUCAAGGUGAUCCUUCUUGUUGCAGUCCCAAUUGUGAAAAUGAAGCUUUGGCUAUAGCUGCAGCCAUGGAAAAAGGGACUACACAUCCUAUUGGGAGGGCAGUUGUGGACCACAGCCAAGGGAAAGAACUUCCAAAUGUUUCUGUUCAAAGCUUUCAGAGUUUACCUGGUAGAGGUCUUUCAGCAUCUUUGACCAGCAUUAAGUCAGGAAAUGGAACCUAUCAGCUUUUAAAUGCUUCACUUGGUUCUGUGGAAUACAUUGCCUCAUUAGGUAAAUCUGUCAAUGAAUCUGAUAAGAUUAAGGAGGCUGUGAAGACAUCUGCUUAUGGAAGCAACUUUGUUCAAGCUGCACUUUCAGUUAAUAAGAAGGUGACUCUCUUCCACUUUGAGGAUGAGCCACGGCCUUGCGUUCCUGAUGUAAUUUCUACACUAAGAGACAAAGGAAAGCUUCGAUUAAUAAUGCUGACGGGUGAUCAUGAGUCAAGUGCAUGGAGAGUUGCCAAAGCUGUCGGUAUCAAAGAAGUUUAUAGCAGUCUGAAGCCUGAGGAUAAGCUCAAUCAUGUCAAGAAAUCAUCAAGAGACGCAGGUGGCGGUUUGAUAAUGGUUGGUGAUGGUAUAAAUGAUGCCCCUGCUCUUGCUGCUGCAACAGUAGGUAUUGUGUUGGCUCAGCGUGCUAGUGCAACAGCCAUAGCUGUAGCAGAUGUGCUGUUGUUACAGGACAAUAUUUCUUGUGUUCCUUUUUGUAUUGCUAAAGCUCGUCAAACAACUAUGCUGGUCAAGCAAAGUGUGACGCUAGCCUUGUCAUGUAUUAUAUUAGUUUCUUUGCAAUCUGUAUUAGGUUUUCUUCCUCUAUGGCUAACGGUUCUCUUGCAUGAAGGAGGUACUCUUCUUGUAUGUCUCAACUCCAUUCGCGCACUGAAUGAACCCACCUGGUCAUGGCGAGAAGAUCUGCAGAGCUUUUUUGUCAGCUUUAGAUCCAUAAUCACAGCACUUACCGAGAAGAUCACUAGUUUUGGUGGCAAUAUCCAACCUGCUCCUUUAUAAAAUAUGCUGCACUGCUCUCACCUUCAGCACCUCCCAGAGUCUCCUGGUACAUUGGAAGGCUUGUUGCUCGCUGAUUGUGGUGGUCUGCAUAAAUGUGUUUCCAGUGCAUAGCUUCUAUCCCAGUACAGUAUGUUUCUCACCAGAGACCUGUAUAUAUGAGUCAUUAAUAUGCCUAUGUAAUAUUUAUACAACUCAUUACUAAUAAUUUGACACAUCAACACUUUAUUUUAUAUUUUUUUAGCCA